AUGAUUAAAGAUGUUCCAGCCGAUGCUGAGUCCCUUCUGUCUGGAAUUUUUCAAUUUUGUGUUGAUCGAGCUUUGGAACAUGCAAGAGAAAAAAACAUUGAACCUCAACAAUUAGCUUGCACUCUAACCAGUGACUUUUUAGACUAUGACAUCUGGGUUCCUUUCAGGUAUUAUUUCUUACGUUUUAGUUUAUAUUAG